AUGGGACAAUUGAUUACGAAAAGGGCUCAACAUCAAUUGGCCAACAUGGCGAAGGACCGAGUUUUAGUGAAGGACAUUUCGGCAGUCGCUAUCAUUGGCAACGAUGCAUGGAAUAGGCCAACGCCGCAACCGAUCAAUAUAUCAGUAGCAAUUACCACCAAUUUUCUGCAGGCCUCCGUGACGGAUAAUUUGAAACAUAGUAUCAAUUAUGCUGUUUUAACUCGUAACAUUUCAGAAUAUUUAAAGUCGCAUGAGAACAGAAACCUUAAAUCGCUUGGGAAUAUUGCAGUAGCUGUGCAUAAAACAGUGCUCCGUGAAAUCGACAGCGCAGACAAGGUGGUAGAAGUGGCAGUGCGCUGCCCCAAGUUGGAGAUCAGAGCAGAUAGUGUAGAGUAUAAGCUUACUCGAGGAAGAGGAUUUCAAGGAAAAGAACAAGAACAAGAAAAGGAAAAAGAAACAUCAGAUUGUAAUGGCCUGGCCGGAAUCAUUUCGACAGACAGAGUGAUUGUGAAUAAGCUUCGAUUACUAACAAUUAUUGGAGUUUUUACAUUUGAAAGGCUACAGAAACAAAUUGUUGAUCUAACUCUUGAUUUCAGUGUUGGUGAGAAAAAUGUAAACUUGGAUGUUAGAGAUAUUGUUGCUGAUGUAGUGGCAUAUGUCGAAUCAUCAAACUUCAAAACAGUUGAGGCAUUGGUUCAUUCCAUUGGGCGCUUAACUUUCCAAAAACAUUCCGACCUGGGAAUUAAGCAACUUGUUGUAACGGUGAUUAAACCUCAUGCGUUUAACCAUGUUGAAGGUGUAGGUGUUUCCUCAACAAUGGUAUCCAAAGACUUUGAUGACUUGCCUCCAAUUGAUUGUGAACUUGAUAAAAAGAAAAGUGAUCCUAGCAAUACUUUUACUUUGCCGGCUACAAAUCUGACCAACACUUUUGAUGGAUUACAUACUGCAUAUUUGGCAUUUGGUUCCAACUCUGGUGGCGAUCUGUGUGCUAGUAUUUCAAAAGCAUUAGGUUUAUUAAAAAAUUACGAUAUCGAUGUGAUUGCAACCUCGUCUAUGUAUAUUUCCAAGCCAAUGUAUCAUUUAAACCAGCCUGAUUUUUUCAAUGGUGCUGUUAAAGUGCAAUUUAAAGAUUAUUCACCUUUGAAGUUGCUUGAAAUAUUGAAAGAAAUCGAAUAUACUCACAUGUCGAGGAGAAAAGAUUUCAAUAACGGUCCAAGAGAAAUUGAUCUUGAUAUUCUUCUAUAUGACGAUUUGCAAAUUACCUUGGACAAUUUGGUCAUACCGCAUAAAUCUAUGCUAGAAAGGACAUUUGUACUACAGCCAUUAUGCGAGUUGAUACCUCCAGACUAUAUCCAUCCUGUGAGUGCAGAACCCAUUCAUAACCAUUUGUCACAGCUUCUUAAGGCUCAAGUUGAUGAGACCAUGCAAGAAGACUCUCAACUCCUCCAAUAUAUACCUAUCAAAAAUCGAACACCUGCUGAGAAUGUGCUCAAAUUUGAUCAAACUAAUUUCCAAUCCCAGACGCUUAUUAUGGGAAUAUUGAAUAUGACACCGGACUCAUUUAGCGAUGGAGGUAAAUAUUAUGACCAAGAACUUGACAAAAUUGUGAAUGAAGCUAUCGUUAUGGUUCAAGAUGGAGCUCAUAUUAUUGACAUUGGAGGUGUGUCCACCAGACCAGGAAGCACCGAGCCUUCUGAAGAAGAAGAACUUGCGAGAGUCUUGCCUUUGGUCAAGGCCUUGCGUGCCUCAUCUAGCCCUAUUUUGAAAAAUACUUUGAUAUCCAUAGAUACGUAUCGAUCCAAAGUUGCAGAGCAAUGUCUUGAAGCUGGAGCAGAUAUCAUCAACGAUGUGUCAAUGGGUUUAUACGAUGAAAGAAUCUUUGAAGUGGUGGCCAAGUAUGGAUGUCCGUAUAUAAUGAACCAUACUCGAGGUACACCGCUGACAAUGUCGAAAUUAACAAACUAUGACCCACUUCGGGAUGAUGACAUCAUUGAGUCUGUGGUAAACUUUAAUAGUGAUGAACAAUCAAUGCCAAGAGUAAAUACUGAGAUAAUGUACAUGUUAAAUGGAGUUGCUAGAGAAUUGUCUUUACAAAUGCUCAAGAGUUUCAAGUAUGGAGUGAAAAAGUGGCAAAUUAUUGUAGAUCCUGGAGUGGGAUUUGCCAAGAACAUGGAACAAAAUGUCGCAAUAGUGAGAAAUGCAUCUUUUUUCAAAAAGUACUCCAUACAGCUCAACUCAGCUCGUGCUAUCGGCGAUGGCGGUUGUAAUGGUGAUGGUGGUGGUGGCAUUGUCAAUGAUGAUAGUCCAAAAUUUGAAAGUUCCACUGAGCAGAGAUCGAAACCGACAUCUUUCGAUCGUCAGUAUUUGACUUUUUGUGGAAUGAGUGUACUUCUUGGAACAUCGAGAAAGAAAUUUUUGGGUACAAUCACUGGAGAAAUAGAGAACAAAUCAGAUAGAGUUAUGGCCACGGCGGCGACUGUAACAGCGGGUAUCGAACAACAUACGGAUAUAGUAAGGGUUCAUGAUGUCAAAGACAUGAAAGAUAUUGUAAAAGUGAGUGAUGCUAUCUAUAAGGGAACAAAACAUGUAUAG